UAGCGCGAAAAAUUCCCUAUAUCUGUGACAUGUUUGCAGUCUGCAUCUGGAAAGUAAAAACAAAUACUGAAUUAUUUUGUUUUAUUUUUGUGACUGUGAAAAAAUAUAUAAUAUACCAAGCCGUAGGAAAAUAACUUAUUUUUACUAGUGUUCUUUGGAAAUAACUCUACAUUAAUCGACUGUCUGAUAGAAAGGAUAUGUUUACAAUGCGGUUAAAAUUAGGAUCAGAUAGAAAUAAAGAAUGGACAUGUUUUUUUUGUCUACAUGUUCGAACAGCUACAAUUCUUUUUGGAAUAUGGCACUUGGUAUUGCAUAUUUUGGCCCUUGUUGUGCUUGCUUUAAUGAUGCGUAACCACCAUGUACUUAUUCAAAAAAAUGAAGAACUGCAGAAUGAUUUCUUGCCAACACCUUUAAGUAAAAAAGAUGAUGAUAAUCCUUACUAUUUACCUACCUCACAGGAUAGUCGUAAAAUAUAUUCUGCCGAUAUUGAUAUGGGAGCUUUAAUGACUGUCUGCACAUUAUCAAUUACCCUUCUUAUGGUUUAUGGUACUAUAAAAGGAAAACCCACUCAUGUUUUACCUUUCUUUUGUUUACAACUUUUUGAUUUUGCUAUUACAGCACUUACUGCUACUGGUUAUUUUUGCUACAUAAGAUCUGCUCAUCGCCUGGUUGCUGAAAAUUGGAACUUACCGCUUCGUCAUGAACUGCUUCAACUCAGUCCCCAAGUUCUCACCCUAAUUGUAUUAUUAGCAUUCCUGUUUUCGAUGUUGUGGAAAGCUUAUUGGAUAAGCGUAGUCUGGCGAUUGUACAAAUACCUAACAUUCCGUCAACAAUCUAAUCGAAAUGCAAUUCAUUACAUUAUUCCCGAAUCUGAUCACCGAGGACUUACCGAUCCUGACUAUCCAGUCCUGUUUCGUGACCAAGAAGCAUCUUUUGGUUUAGCUCUAAAGCAAACUCCACCACCCUCCUAUCAGGAUAUCAUGGAUGAACAACCGCCACCUUAUCCUAAUACUACUCAGGUUGUGCAAGAGACACCUAACCGAUUUAGAAUGCUUGGAAUUUCACCAACUACCGAAAAUCAAGAACCUAGUACAUCUGCUGAAUCGAUCAAUGUUACCUCAGUAAUUGAAACAAGUGUUGAAGUUACAAAUCCUAUAAGUCCCGAAACUCCCGAAUCUCAACAUGUCAAUCAAGAUACCCCGAUAUCAAACGAAGAAGCUGAAGAAGAAAUUGCUGUUGUCAUUGCCGAAGAAGACGCAAGAGAAAACGAGGAACAGAAAUUUAUUGAAAAAAAGCCAACUGAUAAUGUCACUUCAAACUAAACGUGUCAAUUACGAUCUGAAUUAUUUCAUUUACUUUCAAAAUAUCACUUUACCUGGAAUUUAAUAUAGAUUAUCCAAUUAUUGUCGCCAAUUUAGCUAGUUCAAUUUAAAAGAAUAGAAAAAUGAUGUUUCAAACACUUUAGCAAUGUGAUCUUUCAUUUAUUAUAAAUUUAGUACAGUAUUGCAUUGACUUUGCACUGUUACUGUGUAGAGAUAUUUAUUUGGUUACUUAAUUGUUAUGAUGAUGUAAAAUAUGUCUAACUUAAUUAAUAUAUACAUAUAUGAAAAAACAAAUGUUACAAAUAUAUUAUAAAAUACUGAUCUGCACUACAUUGUUAACUAAAACUGAAUUAGUGUUUUGGGGCACAUUAAUGUCCUUAAAAGUACUAAAGUAGUUUGACAUUUAUGUUUACAAGGUGUAAAAAGUAGACAUUGCAGAAUGAACAUUGAUAACAUGUGUGUGCAUUUCAUUCACUAAUCUCAAACAUAUGGGAGUUGGCUAACUUCUAAAGCCUUCCAAUCAUGUGUAGCAAUUCUUUUAAAUGUUGAUAAUAGGUUCCAUGAUUGAGAUUAUGCGAUCAAAUAGUUGGCAAAUGUGAUUCAUAUUCGUGAAUAAAACGUCUUGUUUCCAGUUAAACAGUUUGUUAAAGAUGGUCUAUGUCAUUUCUUAAUUAUUGCAUAAUUUUAUAUAAUGAAAUAAUAAAUUGUGCUGCUCACAGAUAAAACAAUGAAGGUCUGUGUAAACUGGUUCAGACUAAGAUAAGUAAUCAGAGGAAAAUAAUACAGAGGUUCGUUUAAGUGAGUAUAGUUAAUCAUGACAGGAACUGAUACUUCUAUACUUAUUGUUAAGGAGAAUCUCAUUACUGUCUUUAAAAGUUUUAAGUACAGUUGAAGUUGUUGAAUUUCAGUUAAACAUGUUAGAUUAAAUUGCCACAUUAUUUCAUAUCAAACCGCAUAUUUUUAAAUGUAUGGAGUUCUGUGAACCUGCUGACAAACAGCUGUUCGACCACUAUCCGCAACUUGCCAUGAAUAUAGAAGAUAUUAUACACAUCCAAGUAAAUAUAAAUGUUGCCAUCUAUCCAAUACUUUCCUAAUAUCUUUUGAAAUUCGCGACGUGAAAUUAUAUAUUUACUGUGGCCAUUUAGCAACAUUAGGCCUUGAUGGGUUUAAGUGAAAAUUUCAUCCAAAAUAAUAUGUUGUAUAAUUAGUAGGUAGAAAUAGAUAAAAUAUCUUAAUAGAUAGAGUUUAAGAAAGUUUUUUUUUUGUUUUAUGAGUUAACAAAAGGCUUUUGUUAUUUAAAAAAUAGACUGUUACACACAUUAUAAGAAAAGACAAAAGAGUUAAGAAUAUAUUUUUAAUAUAAUUUUUCCUUAUAUACUAUAAAACAAUUCUACGUCUAUUCACAUGUUUGCUAUAUACUUGAAAACCACUGAAGAGAUUUUUCUGCAUCUAUUAUACGUUAGGAGUGUUUAAGUUGCAUACAAAUACAUAACAAAACCACUUAUCAUAUUAUUGACACGCAUCAAAUUGUUAUCUAUCAAAGGAUACAUCAUUAUGUAUAUUUCAAUAGAUCCAUUGCCUUUUUUUAUAUAUAACGCAAUAACAAAAUGUAGGUUGCUGCAGCAGCUUACAUGAGACUUGUACAUCCUUUACAUUAUUAAGAAAAAUAAAAAAAAGAUGCUGUUGGAAAAAUUAUAAGUUCUUAGGAAAAAAUUUACUGUUUGAUUUACAAUUUUAGGCAACUAGUGGAUUAUACAAAAAAUUUAACUAGAAUGCCCCCGACGGACUUCGAGUGUUCCAAAGAUAUGUUUUUCCCAAGGAAUAGCAAACUAUUGGAAAAUUGAAAACAUUCGUAGAUAUUUGGAAGUCCUGAAAUAAAUAAAAAUGUAAAAUUUCAAUCAAAAUGUAAACAGGUAUUCACUAUCCACUGUGAUUUUUCUUAAAUUUGGCUCAGUGGUUUUGACAAAACUAUAUAUUAUCAAGUUCUUACAAAAAAAAGCUUCUUUAUUGUAAUUUUUGGGAUGUUCAAUGUUUUCAACUGAAAAUAUAAAAGGAAUAAAUUGAAGCAGCACAACGUAGAUUUAUUCACACUCGCAAACAAGUGGUGGGACAUUAUUCCUUUAAUACAGAGCUUUCGAUGUAAUAGUGUCACACAGUGCCGUCCAGACAUGACUGUUUUACGAUAUGAAGUUUUAUGAGUAUGUACGCACCUUUAGUUAUUUACUUUAUGAAAUUUUUGUGCUAAUUGGUUGAAAUUUAUCAAACUACCUAGGAACUUCCAUCGGAAUGCUCUUAAUGUAUAAAAUAUCAGUAUUAAAACAUUGAGGCAUUCAAUUUUUUGUAAUAAAAAUUGAUGUCACAAAAAACAAAUAUAAUAGGCAGUCAGAUUGCUAAGUAGAAAGUUCUCGAAAUUCAUAGCUGCUCAAAGUUAUUCUACACUUUUGAACUUCAUAAAUGAUUCCUCUAUGUACAGUUACAAAUAUAUGGUCUAAAUACAUUCUCUUUCUAUAUUGUAUGUAACAGUAAACCACAAACUGUUGUAAAUAAAGAUGUUCCAACUUUAACAUUAUAUAACUUAGGAUAGCUAAUAAUAUAUCCACAACUGUAGGUAGUGAUAAUAAAUAUUGAUAUAUCAGGGC